AAGUAUAAAAGUACAUAUUAUUUCAUGCAGAGAAACAUUUUACAGUUCUCCUAUUCUAUUGAAACCUUACAGCUUUUGCCGCUGAGCAACCCAGUUCUAUCAAUAUUAUGUGCCCAUCUAAGACGUUGGAAACUGGGGAGGUUAUACAAUUAGUCUUAAAGAAGGCCGUUACUUCAGGCAUACCAAGUGUAUUUAAUGUACCCUCGGAGUUAUCAACAUGGUACCACUGUUCGAUACCAGCGUGUUUAUCGAACACCUGUCAACAUGGAGGAACCUGCGAGGAAACAGACGAGGGGUUUAACUGCACUUGCCUGGAUGGCUACUAUGGAGACAGAUGCGAGUACGACUCCUUCGUCCAGUCCGUGAGACUAGUCGGUGGAAGUAAAAGUGAAGGAAGAGUAGUUAUCACAUCUCGUUCUCGUCCUACAACCUACAUGUUAAUCCAUCAAUUAAACUGGUCCAGGAACGCUUCACGGUUGGUCUGCAAGUAUCUAGGAUAUGAAGAUGUAUAUGCGACAGUGGGAGGAGAUCUCUUCGAGAUUAUGUCCUUAGAUAAUAAUUCUGAAACUGUGACUGUGAGGUGCCCUGUCGAUGUGACUAGCAUUGCUGACUGCUGGUACGAAGAGAGGGCGGCGAUGAAUCCUAGGGAGGAGAGUAUAGCUGUUGUUUGCUGUAUUGUGAACCUGUGCAGUACACCUCGAGGUAGUCCAGUUGGUCUAGAAAGCGGUAAGGUUCCAAACAGCGCUAUUACAAUCUCGAGUAGGAGAAAUAAAAAUUUGGGUAAACUGAAAGUCCGUCUUAACAGUAAUUCUGCGUGGGUAUCCGCUACGGAUGACGAAGACCCCUGGCUUCAGAUCAAAUUCGAUUCCACCUUUGUCAUUACCGCCAUCAUGACGCAAGGCAGAGCAAAUGCUGAACAACAGCGGGUGACAUCGUACACAAUUUCAUCGAGUAUGGACGGAGCAUCUUGGACCUACAACCAGGAUAUCAACACCAACACCGUCAAGGUCUACACAGGAAACUACGACUCAAAUAGUGUUGUGGUGCAUAACAUCUUUAAGCCGAUCGAAUGCCUAUUCUUUCGUAUCCAUCCAAAGACGGCCAAUGAUGACCUGCGGGCCCUCAGGCUAGAGCUCACUGGAUAUGGACCUCUCAAUGACUUAUUAGCUGCAAUGAACCGUGAAGAGGUAAGCUGUUCACGUCCUAUCCAAGGGGAAGGAAUGGGAGUGGAAGAUGGACGAAUCCCAGACUCUAGUCUCACCUCCUCGUCCGAUUAUGAUCUUAAUUACACUGCAUCAGAUGGAAGAUUAAACGGUGGAGUUACUCCAAACGAAAAGGCAGCAUGGCUUGCUAGGAAUGAUGACGUAGAUAAAUGGGUCAAGAUAGAUCUUGGAAGGACCUCUAACGUCACUGGUGUUAUCGUACAAGGCAGAUUCGAGUUGGCACAAUGGAUUACUUCUGUCAAGGUAUCCUAUUCGCUGGAUAACGUGACAUGGACUUAUGCUUUGGAACCACAAUGUGGUGAACAAAGAAUCUACGCAGCAAACUACGAUAACACCACUCCCGAGACCAUACUGUUCCCUCGACCAAUCACUGCUCGAUACGUCAGAAUACACCCACUCACUUGGAUUGGGCACCAGGCCAUGAGAUAUGAGGUUGUUGGCAUAGCUGAUCAAACGGAACUUUGAA